AUGUACAACGAAAACGAUCUCGAUCUUGCUGCACCGAUUCUGCAGGCUGCCUUCGAGAACGAUCCAGACUUCGGAGAACUCGACAUGUCUGCUGGAGGACGUUUGAUGAUGUACAACGUGGAAGAACGAGAAGAGGAGCCUCGGGAGCCCACGCCUCCUCCUUCAGCGUCAGACAUCGCCUCUAGCUCGCAGACGUUCACAGCUAACAACGUGCCAGUCUACCCAGCGACAGCGACAAACGACGAGAUCGUAAACGGGCCCGUCGAGCGAAUCCGAGGAGCGAACCUCGUGCGCCUCACCAAAAGCCACAGCAACGAAGCCCUCGCAGACCUCGUAAAUGCCGCGCAUCCAAGUGAGGAAGAAAUCAGCGCCACGAACAUCGCUCAGCGCUUGAUAGCCGCGUAUGCUGCUGCCGGCGACGACGGUGAUCGUCUGAAGCGGGAGGUCAACGAUGCACGUGUUGGCCUUGGUCUGAAGGUUCGCGGCAGGGCGAAGAACGUUGUAGAGACUCCUCGGAGGUCGUCACGAAGGCAGUAG